UGAGUGCGACUCUGCGUCAAAUUUUGACAACUGCUAACAGAACGACCAUCUUUCUCCUUCGGUACGGAAUUAAGUGCGUGUGGUGAAGGUAGAUUUUGGGCACGAAAAAGUUCGAUUUUAACGAUUAAAUUGCUUCAAAAUGCUUUCGAGAGCAGCACUUUUGGCCGCCGCCAAGAAGCCAGUCGGUCUGGUCAUGGCCCGCGGAUCCGCAUCUGCCACCGACAGCAACCGACCCGUCCGCGCGGAACACCCCGGAAAAGUUCGCAUGGGCUUCCUGCCAGAGGAAUGGUUUACCUUCUUCUACAAUAAAACCGGCGUUACCGGUCCGUACGUGUUCGGAGCUGGUUUGUUGACCUACCUGUGCUCCAAGGAAAUCUACGUCAUGGAGCACGAAUACUACAACGGUCUGUCGUUGGCCAUCAUGGUCAUCUACGCCGUCAAGAAGUUCGGACCAGCUGUGGCUGCUUAUUGCGACAAGGAAAUCGAUAGAAUCGAAGGCGAAUGGAAGGCCGACCGCGAAAACAAUAUCCAACAGCUGGCCCAGGCCAUGGAAGACGAAAAGAAGGAACAGUGGCGUGCCGAGGGCCAGACUCUGCUGAUGCAGGCCAAGAAAGAGAAUGUUGCCCUCCAGUUGGAGGCUGCUUACCGUGAACGUGCAAUGACCGUUUACCGCGAAGUCAAGAAGCGCCUGGACUACCAGGUCGAGCGCCAGAAUGUCGACCGCCGCAUCUCGCAAAAGCAUAUGGUCGAUUGGAUCGUGAAGAACGUGGUGAAGUCGAUCACUCCGGAACAGGAGAAGGAAACUUUGAGCCGAUGCAUUGCCGACCUGGGAGCCAUUGCCGCCCGCGCCAAGUAAAUGUGUGAUGUGGGAUGUUCACCGAUGCAUCAACUUUCGGACAUUGUAGAGCGAAGUGAGUAAUCGUUUUCCGACUAGUUGGGUGGGUAACAUUCGAAAGAAAACAAUAAAUUGGAUAAUUUUGUCAAGUUAGCGCGAAA